AUGAGCUCGUCGAGGCUCAACUUAGACUUCGCCACCUCGUAUCACUGUAUCAGUGAUCGCGCGACAGCCUGUUCUACGCCGGCCUUCCCGCAGGACACCAGCUGCAUAACUCCCGCCCCGCUCCCCUUCCUUCCUCACCUACGACGGUCUUCGUCCUCCUCUGGCACCAACCCCCCUUUCGACGCCUCGUCGCUUCUCACUCGAUCUUCUUCGCGUCUCAAACCUGGCUCGUGGAACCCCGCAGCUGCCUUCGCCGCGAUGAGCAACAAGUCGACGAAGCCGAGUGCGGCGCGCGCCUCCUGGCGCGAUGUCGUGGCGAAUGAGCGGGUUGCCGCCGCUCUGGAUGAGGUGCGGGAGACUGCGCGACCCGCGGGUCGAGCGAAUGCCUGCACUAAGCAAGCGAUCACACGCAUCGAGAGCGCCGAACCGUUCGCGCUGGAGCCCGUCGAGCAGAUGUUCGACGCAGACGUGCGUGCGAAGGCUGCGGAGGAGCGCAUAGGGGAAGCGGAGGAGCCUGCUCGUCAGCCUGAGGACAUCACCCUACAGGUCCAGGAUACCGACCGUCAGCGCAACGACGUCAUCCGUCAUCUUGAAGAGUUCAAGGACCAGCUCAAGAGCCGUUCGUCGAGACCGAGCCUUGCUCUGUCGCUGCAGACGCGGAGGCAUCAUAACCCGGCAGGAAGGCGACGCAGCAACUCGAUCUUGCCGCGGACAACAGCAACGGCUUCUCGUCCACCUCACGCCACUGUUCUGACACGACUACAGGUUGCCCCUCCCAGCAUGCGCCCCACAUGUCGACUCACAGCAGGACGGCAAUUCACGCGACCUGCCUUUCCAGAAGCGCUCAUGGUGGUGCAGCUGCAAUGUAUCACGUAUGUCCUCUACCGAUGCGUGGAGCGACUCUUGCGAUCAAUCUGUGUAUACGAGGAAAUCAUGCCGAUGAUAUUGGAAGCUAACAGGCAGUAUUUCCUCACCUUCGAAGGGAGCACGUACCUUUUGGACGACCUUUCAAGGUCCGCCGAAACCUGCCGAGCGCCUUCAAAGCCACUCAGAAUCCUCUGGCCACCUUCCAAGAUACUCGCGACCUUGCGGGUGCGCCAAAGCUACUUGAAGGACUUGGCCAAAAGCACUGCCCAGAAUCAGGGUAGCAUGCUACCCUCCAUGAUAUCCCGCCCCUCGCCUCGCGCACUGCAGCCAUAUCACCACGGUCCGACCACUGCGGGUCGGCUUGACAUCUCGGACAGCGCGUCUCCGACCAAGACACCCUUGCUUGCGACUUUGCGGGGCGAAUGUCAGGUCCGACGCAACCGCUCCUCAAGAUCAUCAAUCUUUCCCGCCGCUGAGCUCGGCCGCCCACCUGCGUCUCGAGCAGCAGCAACUACGGUCGCCCAUCUCGUGCACUGUGCUACAUCCACUACUACGGGGAGGCACAGUACCCCGAGGGGAGUUGGUAUGGCGGCUGAAGCGAUAGGCGUACCCGCAAGCACGAUGGCGACGCGAGUCAUCGCUUGCGGUGGCAAACUUGCGUAG